AUGGCAGCUUGCUCAGCCCUCUCUGCGGCGACCCUUCUCUCGGCCGCGGCGCCGGUCAGCAGACGGCGAGCGGCAGCGUCGCCGCGGCUUCCCGGCAAGCGCGUCUCCGGCGCUGUGCGGUGUAGCGCUGCUCCAGGCGGACUCGGGAUCUCGGGGAAGAUGGCCGAGCUGUGGCAGGCAGCGAGGAGUGCGCCUCCGGGGACCGUGCUCGCCGCCGUGGCUGCCGUGGCGGUGGUCUACAAGGUGGCGUCCGGCCUCCUCGCCCCGCCGCCUCCGCCGCCGCGACGAUGGCAGGAGGUCGCUGAUGAGGCGCUGCCACCAGCUCCGGAGCCAGUGCAGGUGGGGGAGAUCACGGCGGAUGAGCUGCGGCAGUACGACGGGUCUGACCCCGAGAAGCCGCUUCUCAUGGCCAUCAAGGGGCAGAUCUACGAUGUCUCCCAGAGCAGUGCAUCAGCAAGAAUGUUCUAUGGGCCUGGUGGACCAUAUGCAUUGUUUGCUGGUAAAGAUGCCAGUAGGGCAUUGGCGAAGAUGUCCUUUGAGCCACAAGAUCUGACAGGUGAUGUAUCUGGCCUCGGUCCAUUUGAGCUUAGUGCCUUGCAGGACUGGGAGUACAAGUUCACCAGCAAGUAUGUGAAAGUAGGAAGCAUCAAAGGAACAGGACCCAUAGAAGAGGGUAAUGUUAGCACUACCUCUGAAAUACAGGCGGAAGCUGCUGCGGUGAAACUGAAUGGAGAGAAAGCACCAUGA